AUGAAGCCCACAGGCCUCAAGAUGCUCCUCGCGGGAGGCGGCGCCCUGUCGUCGGGCGUCCUGGCCCAGACGAGCGGCGACCUCACCGUCCUGGCCAUGAACGUCGCCGGCCUGCCCGAGAUCCUGCAGAACAACGACGUGCCCGGCGACAAGACGACCAACUCGCGGACCAUCGGGUCGUACUUUGCCAAGUUCAACUACGAUAUCAUCCACGUCCAGGAGAACAAGAACCAGAACAAAAAAAACCACCACAACCGCCGAUCCCUCGUGGGACCGGACGUGCGCAUGAGCCAUCAGUUGCUCCCGUCCCCCCUAACUCUAUUAUCCAUGGUGGUGUACGAUUUAUACUCUGUACUGCGGAUACUACACGUGUGGAAUGGAGUGGAUGACAAGGACAUCCACGCCUCGCGAGCCCUGAUCCAACAUGUCAUUGUUUCAACAAUGAACUCUAUAUCUAUCAUCAUUUUGAAAAAUCCCAUCCAUCACCCGUGUGACUUCAACUACCACGCCUACAUCUACGAGACGGACAACCAUCCCUACCGCACGGCGACCUCGGGCGGCGUCCCCUUCGGCUCCGGGCUCAACACGCUCUCCAACCAUGACUGGGUCGACUUCGAGCGCGUCAAGUGGUCGCAGUGCUCCAACGCCUCGGGCGCCGACUGCCUGACGCCCAAGGGCUUCACCUUCAUGCGCGUCCGGCUCGCCGAGGGCGUCUGGGUCGACGUCUACAACCUCCACACGGACGCCGGCACCGAGACGGACGACCUCGCCGCCCGCAACAGCAACCUGCACCAGGUCGCCGACUACAUCAGCGCCAACAGCGCCGGCAACGCCGUGCUCAACGGCCUGGCGGACGUCUGGGUCCAGCUCGAGCGCGGCGGCGUCGUGCCGACCGUCGAGACCAUCUGCUCGAACCCGAGCACGACCAACUACUGCGAGACGGUCGACAAGGCCUUCUACCGCGGCGGGCCCGUCCUCGGCCUCGAGGCGACCUACUUCAGCUACGAGAGCUCGCGGUUCCUCCAGCCCGACGGCAACGUCCUCUCGGACCACAACCCCAUCACCGCCAACUUCACCUGGUCCGUCUCCGCCUCGCUGCGCCAGUCCGACUUCUCGGGCGGGCCCCACGGCACCUGGUUCUCCGACCUGCCCGCGCUGGCCGGCAAGUCCCGGCCCAAGGCCGCGGCCCUGACGUUCCGCGGCGGCAACCGCGUCGACGCCGUCGGCCUCACGCUCGCCGACGGCACCGUCCUCUCGCACGGCGGCGCGGGCGGCACGGCGGCGACGCUGGCGCUCGGCGCGUCCGAGUUCUGGACGGCGGCCAAGGUGUGCUGGGGCCAGAAGGACGGCCGCACGCGCAUCUUCUCCAUCCUCGCGACGACCAGCGCCGGCAGGACGCUGGCGUCGGGCGCGCAGACGUCCGACUGCGCGACGCACACGGCGCCCGCCGGGUGGCAGAUUGUCGGUUUCCUGGGACGGGCGGGCGACGAGGUUGACAGGUUGGCGUUUGCUUAUGCGCCGCAGUAG